UUGCUUGCCCACCCCUUCGAGGUAGACGAGAAGAAAACCGACCCCUGCCACCAUCCCAAACAACGCCAGCGGAGAAAACCCCGAGUUUUAUUUUCCCAAGCUCAGGUGUUUGAACUGGAACGACGAUUUAAGCAACAGAAAUCCCUCUCUGCUCCGGAACGGGAGCAUCUCGCCAGCAUCCUCAAACUCACCUCCACCCAGGUGAAAAUCUGGUUCCAAAACCGCAGGUACAAGUGCAAGAGGCAGAGGCAGGACAAAUCCCUGGAGCUGGCUGCCCACCCGCUUCCCCCCCGCAGAGUGGCCGUGCCUGUGCUGGUCCGGGACGGCAAACCCUGCCUGGGGGGGUCCCAACCGUACCCAGCGCCGUACAGCAUCCCCGUCAGCCCUUACUCCUACAGCUCCUACUACAGCGCCUAUAGCAGCACCCCGUAUAGUGCUGGCUACGGGGGGGGCUAUGCCGGGGUGCCCCCCAACAGCCCUGCCUUGGACGGGAGCUUGGGCAUGGCCCCCGCUGCUCAGCACCAGCCGACGUCCCUGCAAGCCAGCGUGCAAGCAGGGGUCAGGGCUUGGUAG